CAAACAACAAACAAUUGAUACGAGCAAGGGAGCCAUGGAUCUGGCAACGGGCGCCAUGGGCUCCCUGCUCCCCAAGCUGGUCGAGCUCCUCAAGGAUGAGUACAAGCUUAAGGAGAGCGUCAAGGAAGGCGUCAAGUCUCUUGAGAAAGAGAUGAAGAGCAUGCAAGCUGCCCUCCGCAAGGUGGCCGAGGUGCCGCAUGACCAGCUCGAGGAGCAGGUCAAGCUAUGGGCGGGCGAGGUGAGGGAGCUGUCCUUUGACAUGGAGGAUACCGUCGAUAAAUUCCUUGUGCGUGUUGAUGAGGAAUCUGAGUCUUCAACCAAGUCGAAUAAGCUCAAACAACUGAUGAAGAAGAUGGCCGGCCUGUUCACCAAGGGGAAGGCUCGCCAUGAGAUUGCGGAUGCGAUCAAGGACAUCAAUAAGCAAGUCCAAGAGGUCGCUGAUAGGCGUGCAAGGUACAAUGUCGACAAUAUUGUCGCUCGGCCUGAAGUCGUGACACUUGAUCCCCGCCUUCGAGCUCUGUACAUGGAAGUGACGGACCUUGUUGGCAUUUCUGGAAAAAGGGACCAAGAGCUGAUGAAUUUGUUGUCCGGGGGAGACGACAUGUCCAAGACAACGUUGAAAAUUGUCUCCGUUGUUGGAUUUGGAGGAUUGGGCAAGACCACUCUUGUCAAAACGGUUUAUGACAAGAUCAAAGAAGAUUUCCAUUGCAGGGCUUUUGUUUCUGUCGGUAGGAAUGGCACCGCAAAAAAGGUUUUAGUGGACAUCCUUCUUGCUCUUAAAAUCUAUGAAAGUCAUUUCACCAUAUUUAAUGAAACACAACUCAUUGAUGAGGUCCGGGAACGUCUCAAAAACAAGAGGUACCUCAUUGUAAUUGAUGAUAUAUGGGAUGAAAAAUUGUGGACAGUUAUCAAUUGGGCAUUCUCUAAGGGUAACAAUUUUGGUAGUCGGCUAAUCACAACUACUCGUAUAGUCAGUGUAUCUAAAUUAUGUUGCUCGUCUGCUAAUGAUGAAGUUUAUCAAAUGGAACCUCUUAGUGAUGAUGAUUCCAAAAUGCUCUUCCAUAAACGGAUAUUUUCUCAAGAGAGUGGAUGUCCUCGUGAAUUUGAAGAAGUGUCUAGAGAUAUAUUGAAGAAAUGUGGUGGUGUGCCAUUAGCCAUCAUUACGAUAGCUAGUAUUUUGGCUAGUGACAAGAAAAUAAAUUCACUGGAUGAGUGGAAGGUUUUGCUAGAGUCUAUUGGUCGUGGACUUACCAAAGACCACAGUGUAGAGGAGAUGUUGAGAAUACUAUCAUUUAGCUAUUAUGACCUACCUUCCCAUCUGAGAACAUGCUUACUAUAUCUAAGCAUGUUUCCGGAAGAUCAUAAGAUCAUGAAAGCUCAGUUGAUAUGGAUGUGGAUUGCCGAAAGGUUUAUCCAAUGUGAAGAUGCACAAAGUAGUCUAUAUGAGAUCGGACAAAAUUACUUCAAUGAGCUUGUGAAUAGAAGUCUGAUACAGCCGGUAUACAGUAGUGAUGAUGGCCUUGCAAAUGCUUGCCGUGUACAUGAUAGUGUGCUUGAUCUAAUUUGUUCCUUGUCAGUGGAAGAGAAAUUUGUUACUAUAGUGAAUGGUAGUUGUGAUACCAUGUCUUGUCAGGGCAUCAUCCGUAGGUUGUCCAUCCAAAAUGUUAGAAAAGAAGAAGAUCAAACCAGGCCUCUUAGACCUGAGAGUAUAGCACAAGUGAGGUCUAUUGCUACAUUUGCAUCACCUGCGAUAGAUCUACUGCCGUCUUUGUCUAACUUUGCUGUUUUGCGUGUAUUACAUUUGGAUGGAUAUAUUGGUUCUCUAGGGUACCAUCUUAACCCUGGAGAAUUAGGGAGUUUACUUCACUUGAGGUACCUACAUCUAUGUGGAACAGGAUUUGACAAGUUGUUGGAAGAGAUUGGAAAGUUGCAGUUUUUGCAGGUGUUGGAUUUGCCUGAACAUACAAGGCUGCCAUCGACUGUGAUUAAGCUCACAAGGUUGAUGUACCUACGUAUUGGUAGGGGAUCAUGGAACUAUGAUCCUCCAGAUGGGAUUGGAAACCUGACAUCACUGGAAGUGCUGGGCAGGAUCAGUGUUUCCUCGGUAAGCAUUGUAAAAGAGCUAGGCAACAUGGUCAAACUGAGGGAACUUAAAAUUUCGUUUGAUGAUUUGUGGCUGGACUUGGAGGAAGCUUUUGUGGAGUCACUAGGGAAAAUGCCAAAGAUCCAGCGGGUAGAAAUUGUUGCCGGUGAUGAAGAUUCUUCAACUCCUUCAAUGAAUCUUUUGGGGGAACGUUGGGUGCCCCCGGGAUGUCUGCAGGAGUUUGCCAUGUUUGACGAUGCACUAUUCGAUACGCUUCCAACAUGGAUAAGGAGGAAUCCCUCGCAUCUGUCGCAGCUCUUCAAGUUAGACAUCAGUCUCUAUGAAGUGCGACAGGAGGAUCUGGACAACCUUGGAAGGUUACCUGCUCUGGGUGUUCUCGAGUUAAGCUGCUCCUACGCACGAAAACGCAUGCUGCACAUUGGUGGCGAUGGUUUCCGUUGUUUAACAUCAUUCUACUUAUAUUUUGGUGUGGAUGGAAAUAUCGUGUUCCAGCCAGGAGCUAUGCCCAAGGCUGAACAUGUUGAUGUCACUGCACAUUGGGCGGUUGUAAAAGAGGAAGCAUCCGGCAACAACGGUGCUGAUUGGUUUGACCCAGGCAUAGGCAUGGGGAACCUGCCGUCCCUUCGGAAGGUUAAAGUCAGAGUCGACUCUCAUAAAAUGACGGUCGGGGAGGCCAAGCAAGCCAAGGCAGCGCUGGAGAACGCACUCCGUGCCCAUCCUAACCGUCCCCUGUUUUGCGUCGAGUUCAGGUGGUCCAUAAAAGAAGGCGCUCAUGAUGACGACCUCUGCUAGUGUGGUCGCAGCGAAGAACGUUCGUGCAGGCCGUCAAUGUUUACUGGAGACGCGCUUUUGCAAACUAUAUGCGUAGCGCAUGCUGCAAUAUUGAUCAACGCUCGUUACUCACUGAGCUUAUUUCUUGGCUUCACAAAAAAAAUGGAAAAAUUGAUCAGGAAUGGAUUUCUUUUUUGAAGCAUUUGCGGGAUUACUUGUACUUUAUUACAAGGUCUACAGUCAAAGUUUGAAUUAUCCUCCCUGGCACGUUCUCAAUUGCUGUUCUGUUUAUGUUUGUAUAAACAGACAAACGAUUCCAGUUUAACACCAAAUAAGUGUGACGUUCAGUUGAAUUUGUUACACACAUAUUCAUAUUACUUAUUUUGAAGAUUAUAGUAAGGAGCCUAGAUUCUAGUCUCGCCCCUGGCCCUCGAAAUCUCAGGACCGGCCAUGUGGACACCGACACCGACGGCUCCAUACUCUGCCCGUCGUCGUUCAACUCCGUGGUCGGGAUCAGGCCGACCCUCGGGCUCACCAGCCGCACCGGCGUCGUGCCGCCAUCACCCCGUUGCAGGACACCGUCGGGCUGAUUUGCCGGGCGGUGUCGGACGUGGUGCAUGUGCUGGACGCCAUUGGCGGCUACGACGAGCUGGACGCUGCGGCCACCGGAGCAGCAUCCAAGUUCAUCCCUCCCGGCGGGUACGGGCAGUUCCUAAAGAAGGACGGGCUGAGAGGCAAGAGGACCGGUGUCCCCCGGGAUUCUUCCAAUCAUACGCAGGCACGCAACCACCGUGGGUGUACGAGCAGCACUUCACAACCAUGAAGUGAGUGACAAACAGUUUAAAUAAAUUACGCCGAUUGUCAUUGGUUUUUUCUUUUUGGGAUGCAAACUCGGAACAUUUACGACCGAUUCGGAAAAUUUGUAAACUUCCAAAAAUGAUGGAUUUUAAAUUAGUUUAUUUUGUUGAACUAAAGAAGGUACCUAAAGGUUUCGAUUUUGCAUACAUAUA